AGUUUGCCUGCCGGACGGGCGAGCGCUGCGUGCCCAGCGCGUGGGUCUGCGAUAACGAGGAUGACUGCAGGGACGGCUCGGACGAGUUCUGCGCCUUGAGCUGUGCCCCGCAUCAGUACCAGUGUGCCAGCGGGCAGUGCGUGCCGUGGGGCUACCGCUGCGAUGGCACGGCGGACUGCGUGGACCACUCUGACGAGAGGGACUGCCCCGUGCCCACCUGCGCCCUGCACGAGUUCCACUGCUCCAACGGCCGCUGCAUCCCCCAGGAUCACGUCUGCGAUGGGGAGCUGGACUGCGGCUUUGCGGACCACUCGGAUGAGGCAG